CCAAAUGCUCACGUGCUGCUAUUGACGCCUUCCUCCAGCACCACGAAAAACGAAGAAAGAAAGAAAAACAGACAUGGAGGAGACUAAGAAGAAGAAAAAGGGAAAGGCAGUGAUAGUGGGAGGGAGCAUAGCAGGUGUAUCAUGUGCUCACUCCCUCCUUUUAGCUGGUUGGGAUGUUGUACUGCUCGAGAAAUCCAGCGGACCGCCUACUGGCAACCCGACUGGCGCUGGACUCGGCCUCGACCCCCUCGCUCAACGUAUUAUUCACUCAUGGCUCCCUCACAACCCUCACCUUCUUCACAACUCCACGGUGCCUCUUACUAUUGAUCAGAACCAAGCAACAGAUAGUGAGAAAGUAAGGUGGACGCUGGCACGAGAUGAGAACUACAAUUUCAGAGCAGCGCAUUGGGCUGAUCUCCAUGGUCUUCUAUACAAUGCGCUACCACCCAAUAUAUUUCUUUGGGGUCACCUGUACCUUUCUCUUGCCAUUUCUGAAUAUAAAACCGUUAUUGUUAAGGCUAAAGUUCUUCAAUCCAAUAAGAUCAUAGACAUAGAGAGUGAUCUUCUUGUUGCCGCUGAUGGGUGUCUCUCUUCAAUUCGCCAAAAUUUUCUUCCAGGCCUUAAAUUGAGGUAUUCAGGUUACUGUGCAUGGCGAGGAGUUCUUGAUUUUUCAGAGAAUAAGAAUUCAGAAAUCAUCCAGGGCAUGCGGAGUUCAUACCCUGACCUCGGAAAAUGCUUGUACUUUGACCUGGCUUCCGGAACUCACAGUGUGUUUUAUGAGCUUCUCAACAAUAGGCUCAAUUGGAUUUGGUAUGUCAAUCAAGCUGAGCCAGAGCUGAAGGGAAAUUCAGUCACGUUAAAAGUAAGAGACGACAUUAUCAAAAAUAUGCACCAAGAGGCAAAGAAGGUUUGGUCUCCGGAGUUGGUGGAAGUCAUGAAGCAAACAAAGGAACCUUUCAUAAAUGCUAUAUAUGAUUGUGAUCCUUUAAAACAAAUCUUUUGGGGUAAUGUGGUACUAAUUGGAGAUGCUGCACACCCAACCACUCCUCAUGGUCUGAGAAGCACAAACAUGUCAAUAUUAGAUGCUGCAGUCUUAGGAAAAUGUCUGGAGAAGUGGGGAGCUGAGAAUUUGUUCUCAGCUCUCGAAGAAUAUCAGUCAAUUCGAUUACCUGUAACCUCAAAACAAGUACUGCAUGCACGGCAACUGGGUCGAAUUAAACAAGGGUUAGCUCUUCCUGAUCAUGAGCCUUUUAAUCCAAAGACAGCAAGUCCAGAAGAGUGUCAUGAGCUUCAACAGAAAACCAUGCCUUUCUUUGCUGAUAUUCCUACAAUCUUGGUUGAUUCAGCUCAAUGCUUCACUUGCAUUAUCAGAACAUAGAGCAUAUUCCAAGCAUCAGAACCAUUAAGUAAUAUUCUAUUCUUAUGCUCCAGUCUCUGAAUCCAAUUUUUAGCCUAAAUGACUUGAGUUUGGAUAGAGAUAAAGAUUCAUAUAUUGUUGAAAUCCAAAUAAGACUUCUCCUUGCAGAGAAGUUAACUAUGUAACUGUUACAUAGUUGAAGAUGAAUAAUUGGCAUGGGAGAAAAGAGGGUAUGAGAGGGAAAGCUCGACAAAUAUUCAGGGUUCAAGUUUAUCUUAUUGGAAAAAAUAAAUAACCAGAUUUGAUUUUUUUGAAAUAAAGUCAGACCUGUCACACGUAGUUUUUAGCUGGAUUUCUUGUAUUUUGAUGAGUAAUGUAAUAGAUGGUAGUAAAAUAACGUGUAUCACCGGUUCAGAUCCUCAUUGUUUGUGUCUUUGUAAAUAAUGAUAACUGAUAUAUUUAUCAGUGAUUAAUUAGUAUUAGGGUUCAAUUCGA